AUGAAGGGUGGUGGCCGGCGUAAAUGGAACCGCCUGCGGCGGCAGAUCGCGCUCAUGGGCUGCUGCGCCAGCGACUGGGGUUUCCGCGCCACCGAGGACGGCCGCGAUCUCCCGAUCGAUCCAGAUCAGACGGAAGCGGCCGGGGAAGUGGUGGAUCUGGCCACGGCGCUAGCGGCGGAGCGGCGACGGCGACACCGUGCAGUUAUGGAGAGAGAACGGGCCUCGGGCGGGAGGGAGGAAGGGGAUCAGGCGCGGGCACCGACGCUUAUGAAAUUGUUGGAGGAAGAGGAGAGGGGCGAUGGGGAAGGCUCCAGCGGCAGCGAUAGGUGGUGCUGCUGCUGCGUGUGUAUGGGACGGCGGAAUGGAGCAGCGUUCAUCCCCUGCGGCCACACCUUCUGCCGGGCGUGUGCUCGGGAGAUGCGGGCGGCGAGAGGCGCCUGCCCUCUCUGCAACCGUCCGAUCGCCGACGUCCUUGACAUCUUCUGA